AUGUCGCGCCCGCCGGGCACCAAUUUCGCCGACUUUUCCUCCAACAUCGCCAGCGGCCUAGGCAAGGAAAACAAUCAACCACUACUCUCUCAUUCUGGUCGCGCAACUACAGAGGCACCGGAUCAACACUCACUGUCACUCGGAUCGCCGCCAUUAUCAGCUUCUGUACGCGCCUACACCUCGAACGCGGACUUGCAUCCCAUCACCGCUAAGCUUGGCUCCCGGAACGAUAGUGACCACCACAGCGGCGACAUCCUCAAUGAACUGGGGUCGGUCGAUUCAUCCAGCACCGCCUCAUCUGUUUUCACUACAGCCUUUCCCAAUUCGUCCAUGGCUGCGGCCAACGGCCUUCAGUACACCUCUUUGACCCCUCUCACCAACUCCGACUCCCCUCCUCGAGGCAAGCUCAUGAGUCCCUCUUUGGAUUCAAAUGGCUACGGCGCCAUGCACAACGGCUUGCCCGUCCGCGCCACAAUGACACCCCUUCAUACCCCACCAGCACAUCGGAAGAUGGCUCGCGAUCCAGAUCCCUGUGUCAAAGGCACAAAAUGCACAUACGACCCCGAACUCGAUAAGAGUCUCCAUUCAAAGGACAAGCGCAAGAGCAAGGCUAUCUUUGAAGACUUUGGGACAAAGCCAGAACACAGUGUCGCUCCUCCAGACCCGCGGCUCGCAAUUCCUAAUUACAAAAACAGCAUCGUUGGCGUAAGGAAAUCUAAGUUUCGUAACGUCUUAGCAGACCUCAAGCUCUGGACACCCGAUGUGACAACAGUUGUGGCUGCCGCCACCGCCGCCUCGAUCAUCGUGACAGGCUUCGACCCCAUGGUGCCCAUAGCACAGCUCAUGGCGCUAUUCUCACAGUAUGGCGAUAUCGCGGACAUCGACAACAAGAGCGAUCCCAUCACGGGACGAUUUUUGGGCAUCUGUACCGUGUCAUAUCAAGACUGCGCUUCUUUUCAGGGAGGUGGACCAAUCUCUGCGUCGCUUGCGACCAAAACCGCGUUCAUGGAAGGGAAGCGAGGCCAAAGAGUUGGACUGAGAACCGUUAAGGUCGAGGUUGACAGAGAUGGGACUCUCACCGAUGCGCUCAUCAAGAAGACUAUUGCUGCGCAAAGAAGGGAGACCGGCAUCACAAAACCACAACCGCCCCCUUCGCCUGCGACCCCAAGUACUCCUCAGUUGCCGAACAUUCCUGCACCUGGUCCCCCUCCGACUGCGCCAAAAGGGCCGGCGGCAAGACCAUCCACAACCCGGCCUCCGCCGCCCUCUCUUGCAGCGUCAUACACUCCCCCACUUCCGAAGCCUGAGCGACCCGCAAAGCCUGAGCGGCCGAAUCUGGUCGAAUCGAAUCUGGCCGAGAGCGUGCAGAACCAACCAUACAUUUUCAUCAGUGGCGAGCAUGUGCCUGUCCUCAGUACCACCAUCCCACACAUGAAGAAGAGGUUGCGCCAGUACGAUUGGCGCGAGAUUCGAUGCGAUGGAACAGGAUACUUUCUGAUUUUCGAGCAGUCGCGGAACGGGCAGCUUGAGGCGCAAAGAACUUUCUCGACCUGCAAUGGGCUUCCUCUCUUCACCUACUACAUGCACAUGGAGCUGAAGAUGAAUGGUGUCUCACAGCAGCCCAGCGCUGGCGAGCCCGCUCCAGUGUUGCCUCCUGCCCCUAUUCCUUAUAUGACCAACAGACAGCAAUACAAGCAAAGACGGCUGCAGGAGCUUGAUCUCGAAGAAGAGAAGAAGCAACGAGCGAGAGAUCUCGAUCCGGCACGAGCAGUGGUGCAAUUAGUCGUCCACGAGCUACGGGAGAAGCUGAUAGCUGAUGUCAAGUCCAGAGUAGCCGUGAGAGCGCUCCACGACUACCUUGAUCCCAACAAGCUAGCUGCUAAGCGCAGACAGUACGGUAUCGAUGAUCCCCGGGACGCCCGACGGCCACUUCAUGGUCGCCGCGAUGAUGGAUCUUCCACGCCAGACUCCCGUCUCGACCCGCUUGGGAAUCGUCGUUCUGUCAAGAGUCUCAAUGUCCUGUCCCUGCCAAAGAUUGGUAAGCGUACAGGCGUGGAUUCGAUGGCCGGGUUCCGCGACGAGAGGAGGAAAGCCCCACCAAGGCCCUACGUGCGACCGCUUUUCCAUCAGCUCUCGCAAUUCCAUGAUGACGAGGACUCAGAGGACGAGCAUGCUACGACUUUCACCCAGGAUACUGAAGAACCAGACAGCCGUCCACCCAGUCGCAUGAGCAUGACUUCGGUGUCUGACGAUGACGACGAACUUCUACGCAAAGCGACAAAACGUCGCCUGCACGCCAAGGAGGAUGCUGAAGAAACCGUGGUCAAGCAGGAGUCCGACAUAGCCAAAGAAGACAUGAUAAUCUCGAAGCUUGAGAGAAACAUCUAUGAGAUGUCGCCUUCGUCGAGGAAACGCAAGAGAUUAAUGCAAGAGUUGCAUGCCCGAAAGAGACAGAAGGCUGAUGAUGAGCUCUUUGGCGUUGACAAAGCCGAUUUGGAACGGGAGACUUCUGCCGAUGUGAAAGACGAAACGCCAGUUGAAGCCACGCCAGAAGUAGAAGAAAAAGUUGCAACCAAGAAGCCCAAGACCAAGAAGAAGACCAAGAAGGAGAUCCUCCAGGAACAAGAGGCAGAGCGGCGCGCCCAGGCCGAGGCAGAAGCAGAUCAAGUGGUGGACGAUGUGCUCGAACUUGCCGCUGAAGAGGAAGCUAUCGCCGAACAAGCCGAGAAACGUCCAGUUGUUGAAUGGGGUGUGUCCGCUAACCAACCUGAACCUACCGUUGAAGAUGACGAGGAUAUUGUGAUGGAUUUGCGAGGGUGGCAAGCCAGUCUCAUGGACGAAGAGGACCUCGAACUCCUAAGUGAAGUCCUCAAGGACAAGAAAAGAAUGCCAGUUGGCAACGCAGGCGCGUGGGCAUGGCGACAAGAGCAGCUCCGCACGCUCAAACGUGGCUCCGUCGCCGGUGGUCUACGCAAAGAACCUGCUAUCGAAGGCUAUUUCGUCCCGAAUCCAUCUGGAUCAGCCCGAACGGAACCCAUCAAGAAGAUCCUCGAGUCCGAGAAGUCGAAGUAUCUACCACAUCGUAUCAAAGUGCAGCAAGCCCGAGAAAAGCGUCAAGCCGAAGCGAAGAAGGAGCCAUCUGCUAAGGUCACUGAACUCCCUAAGACCACAUCCCGUGGCAAACGUGCCGAUGACCGCCGCACAAUCAAAGACCUGGAUCGCCAGCGCGAGAUGCUGCAAACCAUGGGCGGAGACGAUGAUCUUACUCGCUUCAACCAGCUGCAGAAACGCAAAAAGCCGGUCAAAUUUGCCCGUUCCGCAAUCCACAAUUGGGGUCUGUACUCCCUUGAGCCGAUCACCACUGGUGAGAUGAUCAUCGAGUAUGUGGGCGAGAAGAUCCGACAGGAAAUCGCAGAUCUGCGGGAGAUCAAAUACACGGAAAGCGGCAUUGGCAGCAGCUACCUUUUCAGGAUUGACGAGGGCACCGUGGUGGAUGCGACCAAGAAGGGUGGCAUCGCGCGGUUCAUUAACCAUAGCUGUGAUCCUAACUGUACGGCAAAGAUCAUCAGGGUGGGCGGCACGAAGCGGAUUGUUAUCUAUGCCUUGAGGGAUAUCGAAAAAGACGAAGAGUUGACCUACGAUUACAAGUUCGAGCGCGAGAUCGGUAGCGACGAUCGUAUCCCGUGUCUCUGUGGGUCGGCCAGUUGUAAAGGAUUCCUCAACUAA